AACAUUUUUUAUACUCUUUCCGGUUUCUAUUGACAUUUAGAGACGCUCCCUGUCAGCACUUUACACUCCAGUAUGAACAGAGCAGUGGAUUCAAAGACGUCUGGUUUUAUUCACCAAUAAUUAAACAAAACAAAAACGGGUUUAUAAUCCGAGGUUUAACAUAAACUUGAUUCAUGUAUUUCAUUAACCUUAUGAUAUAAUGUGGAACAAGAACCUACAGAAAGUAAAGUUGAACUCCCAGGUGUUAACUAGUGGGCGUGGCACAGAACAGGUGGAUGACGGCAGGAGGAAAUAUGAAACCGGAAGGGUGAUAAACUGAAUUGUUACUUUCUCGGUGUGUGGACGUAAACAAGAUCGGAUCGAGGAGAGACUCUCACAGCAGAAGAUGCCAGAGAGGGGGAGACACCAGCAGAGGAGCGAUGAGUACAGGAGCAGGGAGAGGGACCACUCAUACGAUGGAGACCAUCACCCUCCCUCCGGGGACAGAGGUCGCAACCAGAAGCCCAGAGACACGGACAACAGAGGCUCUGCUGGUGACAGGAGGCCCCAACAAGACAGGCAGAGGGACAUGACAUCUGCCCCUCAAAAGGAGCCACAUGCUUAUAGGGACCACAGCCAUGGCCGUGCAGGACCCUCCACACUGUCCAGAGAGACACCAGUGCCUCACUCUGAAGAGGAGAGUUAUGAGCCACAACACAGACGAAAUCUUUACAAUCUGAAAUACAUCUUAACCAGUAGAGGUCUGUGUCAGGUUAUGGAGGUGUUUGUGAAUCUGCUCCUCGUCAUCUGUGCUGGGGUGCCACACAGCAACCAGGGGGGUUACCGGGACCUGGCCAGCCUGGGCGGCAUCUACUAUUACCACUUUGGUGGAGCCAAUGCCUUCACCGGGGCGGACGCAGACAGGGUGAAGGAGCUGGACCGGCUGUUCCAUCAGCUCAAGCUGCCCCCGUACGUCUUCACCAUGGCCUGCGGCGGAUGUCUUAUGGUCUACGCCUGCAUCAUGCUGGGCCUGGGGAUUUUCCGAGUCCCUUACCGCUUUCCCCCUGUGCUGCUGGGGGAGGCUCUGCUGAACUUCCUGAUCGGCCUGGGCUACAUCCCUGCCCUGGCCUUCUACUUCAUUAAGCUGCAGGAAACCUACAAUAAUCCCAUCUGUACGGAGAGGGAGCAAAUGUACAAGAGCAAAGGGCACAAGGGCUUUGAGUGCAAGUUCCACGGGGCGGACAUCGCAGGAGGACUCUUCGGGGUGGUGGGGGUGGGGGUGUUCAUCUUUGGUACGGUGUUAGCUAUCAGAGCUUUCAGGUCAGUGCGAGAGCUAAAGAGGCAAAGGACAAAUGAGGACGAUCGUUUUUAAGCUGCCUUUUUUCUCUACAUAUGGCGGCAGUGGGAUUGGGAAAGAAUCCCUGUGAGAAGAAACAGUGUUAAUUUUUUUUUCAUAAUAGGUCUUCACUUCUAGUAUCCACUUUUUAAUACUUUGAAUUGUUUACAUUUUUAUAAGGGAGAAUACUUUUUUAUUUUUUUUACCUCUUCCAGUUUCCAUACAUGUUUGUCUUUUGUGUGUAGCUGUGAAGUUAUAAUAAACAACUCA